CGCCGCUGGCGGGCGCGCUGCUCCAGCUGGAGGAGGCGGCGCGCACCGCGCUGCUGAGCCGCUUCAACGUCACCACCGAGCUGAGGCUGGUGGAUCACUUUGUGCUGCUGCCCGACACCGGGCACCACCACGCCAGAACCGGAGAGCUGUUCGCCCGGCUCUGCACGCAGCACGAGCUGUCGGCAGACACCGCCGCUGGUCGGCUCAUACUGGACACGUGCCAGCGGGCGCUGCUGGCGCCGCUCAAUCAGCGGGAAACUGGAGGAAAGAAGAGCAAGGUGUACGAAGUAUUGAUAGCUGCCAAAGCGAAGAAGGAAAUCUUCUUCAGGCUUCCAUGUGAGAUGGUGGAUGACCUAGAGGUGAGCGGCGACAGCUGGCUGCGCGCCGCCAUCCGGUUCCAGCCGAGCCGGCAGCCCUUCUGCGACAUGCAAGAGGGCGUGCGGCUGGCGGCCGAACGGGCGGCCCGCCUGCUGUUCCCCGAUACCCGCGAGAGGCCCUCCAUACCCUGGAGCCCGGCCAGCCACUGGCGGCCCGAGGAUGACAAGCUGAACAUCAAGCAGAAGGAGGCCAUCAACGCCAUGACGGCGGCCGUCGCGCACCCGCUGCCGCCCGUGCUCGUGCUGGGCCCGUACGGCACGGGCAAGACGUUCACCAUGGCACACGGCAUCAAGCACAUCCUCACCAAUCAGCCAGAGGCGCGCAUACUGGUCUGCACGCACAGCAACAGCGCCGCCGACCUGUACAUCCGGGAGUACCUCUCCGGCUACUUGGAGGCGGGACUGGAGGCGGCUCGUCCCCUGCGGGUCUAUUACCGGCACCGCUGGCUCGGCACCGUCCAUGCCAGCGUGCGCCAGUUCGCCUUACUGGAGGAGAACCCUGACGACCCCGACGUCACCUUCAGAAGGCCCAGCGUCGAGGACGUGCUGAAGCACAGGGUGGUCGUCGCCACGCUCUCCAUCACCAAGUACCUGACCUGCCUGAACCUGCCGGAGGGCACGUUCACCCACCUGUUGGUGGACGAAGCGGCGCAGGCGCUGGAGUGGGAGGUGGCGAGGGUCCUCUCGCUGGCCGGUCCUCACACCAGGCUGGUGCUGGCCGGAGACCACCUGCAGCUGUCGCCGGACGUGUACUCGGAGGUGUGUCAGGAGCGGCAGUACCAGCGCUCGCUGCUGGAGCGACUGCAGGCGCUCUACGGCUCCGACUUCCCCUGCUGCAUCACCCUGCACGAGAACUACCGCUCCCACGCCGACAUCGUCCAGCUGACCUCCGAGCUGUUCUACGGCCGGCGACUGCGGUCCAGCGGCCACCCGGGCCGUCACCCGAGCCUGCCGCCGGUGACCUUCUUCAGCGCGCGCGGCACCGCCAGGCAGAGCAGCGGCACCACCGGCUACUGCAACGAUGCGGAGGUGUACGAGGUGGCGGACCGCGUGGCGGCGCUGCUCGACGCCUGGCCGGCGGAGUGGGGCGAGCGUGCCGACGACACCAUCUGCGUCGUGUCCGCCUACGCUGAGCAGGUGCAGAAGAUCAGGAGUGAGCUGAGGAGUCGCCGCCUGAGCACGGUCACCGUGGAGCAUCUGCUCAACGUGCAGGGCAAGGAGUUCCGGGCGGUGUUCGUGUCGACGGUGCGCACGCGCGACUCGUGCGCCGACACGGCCGGCGACUACCGCUUCUUGACCGACUGCAAGCUACUGAACACAGCCAUCACGAGAGCGCGCAGCCUGCUGGCCGUGGUCGGUUGUCCGGUGGACGCUCUGUUCUGUCGGCGCGUGCGCCAGGUACUGGGAGGCGCUGGUGGCGGCGGCGGCCGGCGGCGGCGGCCUGUUCGGUACCACGACGGGCGAGCUGCGUGCUCAGCUGGAUGCCGCCGAGCUACACAGCCUGCACGGCCUGAACCCGCUGGCGCCCACCUUCCGGCCGCAGCAGCCGCCGCCGCCGCCGCUGGUGCAGCCGCCGCUGGCGGCGCCGGUCCUGUCGUCCUGGCUGCCUCGUUAUCACGUGGCUAUGUCGUACAUCAGGUGCCGUCUCAGCGUGGUGGCCUGUCAUUGCCGCUGUACCUGCGCGGCGCGGCGCCGCCGCCACCGCCUCCGGACGCGCACAGUUACGCGGCGGCCGUGCGACGCAGUCUGGAGCCGCUGCCCCCCGGCUUGGCCGCCCUGCCGCGGCGCGAACACUACGCGCACGGCUACAGCCACUUCUAG